AUGCUAUUGAUCGGUAUUAUCUUGCAAAUCAACAAAUAUUAUGUUAUAUUGAUCACACUUCCAACCCAAUAUUUGGACAGAAGUGGCAAACACGCUAAAGCAAUAUGUCAGGAACUCACGAUCUAUGGAAGACCUGAGGAACAGUUCAUUGAGCUCACCAAGGCCACCGGCCAUGUGCCAGAAUCAACGGUUGAGAAAGUGUACAACCAGCUGAAGCCGGUCGCUCCGUCCUUUCUGAUAGGCAAGUGGGACGGCGGGGAUAUCGAUACAGGACAUAUUGGACAUAAGCUUCUGAAGGAAAUGAAGUGGGCUGGAAAAGAGUUCCGAUCAGUAGAUGACGGUGAUCCGAUCAUGAUUUAUGAUGCAGAAGGCAAUCGGGUGUGGAAGAAAGACUGGGGACAUUGCUCGCUAAGGGAGAUGGUCUAUCGAGGAGUAACAUCGACCACCAUGAUCUAUGACGAAAAGCCAAUCUUUGACCACUUUCGUUAUGUGUCCGACGAUAUGGUUGCGGGUGCCAUGGAUACACCCAAGCUGUUUGGCACCCAGGGCACUUACUAUUUCUAUUUGACUCGCCGCACUCGAUCCUCGCUUUGA